UUAGGAACCUCAGUGGUGACAGUGGUGGCAACAGACGCUGAUGACCCCACUUAUGGAAACUCAGCCCGGCUUGUUUACAGCAUCCUGCAAGGUCUUCCCCAUUUCUAUGUGGACCCAAAGACAGGUGUUGUGCGGACCGCUUUGCCUGACAUGGACCGUGAGACACAGGAUCGGUACCAGCUGAUCAUCCAGGCUAAAGACAUGAUGGGUCAGAUGGGAGGUCUCUCAGGAACCACCAUGGUUACCGUGACACUGACAGACGUCAAUGACAAUCCGCCUCGUUUCCCCCGCAGGAGCUAUCAGUUCACCGUCCCAGAGUUGGUUUCGGUGUGGUCCGUUGUGGCGAGGGUUAAAGCUGUAGAUCUGGACUUGGGUCCUAAUGCUGAGGUGGUCUACCGCAUGGUGGAUGGAGACGGACUGGGAACCUUCCAGAUCCAGACUGAUCCCAACACUCAGGAAGGACUGAUCACUCUGCUCAAGGACCUGAACUUUGAACUCAAAGCCAGCUACACUUUGAAGAUUGAAGCCUCUAAUCGACACGUUGACACUCGCUUCCUGCUGGUGGGUCCAUUCAGCGAUGUGACUAUGGUCAGACUGGAGGUGGCAGACCAGGACGAACCCCCCGUCUUCUCCACCUCUGUCAGUCAGGUGCUGGUUUCGGAGGGGGUUCCAGUGGGAACCAGAGUGGCAUCAGUUUCAGCUCAUGACCCUGAUGGCGCCAACAGUCCAAUCAGGUACCUGAUAGACCAGAACUCGGACAUCGGCCGUUUCUUUGACAUCGACGGCAGCUCAGGUACCAUCACAACCAGCAGAUAUCUGGACCGAGAAACCAGAGUUCUUCACAACAUCACAGUGAUUGGCUCUGAAAUCCGGGACCCGUCUCAGGUGAGCUCAGCGGUGGUUCUGAUUUCUGUGACGGACGUCAACGAUAACCCACCAAGGUUUGCUAGCGAGUACUGGACCUCCGUCUGUGAGCAUGUGCAGCCUGGACAGGUCAUUGAGACUCUGAGUGCAGUCGAUCCAGAUGAUCCAGAGGAUGGACAUCACUUCCUCUUUUUUCUGAACCAAGAAACUGCUUUGAACUCCAGCUUCACCUUGAGAGACAACAGAGACAACACUGCCUCGGUUCUCACGUCAUGGUCCAGCUUCCUGCGGCGGGAUCGACCCGUCCACCUUCUUCCUGUGGUGAUUGCAGAUAGUGGCAGUCCAUCUCUCAGCAGCACCAACACCCUAACCAUCACUGUCUGCGACUGUGAUCUCCAUGGAAACCACCAUCUCUGCAGUGAGGAAGACCCGUGGCGUGGUGGCGUGGGGUCUCCCGCCGUCAUCCUGAUCACCGUGCUCACAUUCCUGGGUGUUUCCCUGUUAGCUGCUGUCCUUAGAUCCAGGAGGAGGGUGCCUCAGAUGAUGGAGGAGGAACAGGACAUCCAGGAGAACAUCGUCUGUUAUGAUGAUGAAGGUGGAGGGGAAGAGGACACCAGGGCCUUUGACAUGGUCGCCUUGAGACACUCGAACCAGAUGAAUCUGACUUCUGGUACCGCCGAGCCAGAGAGCGUGACCCAGAAGACCAGGCUGCUCCAAGCGUUCAUCAGCGAGCGGCUCCAGGAGGCGGACCUGGACCCCUCAGCUCCGUUCAUCGACACCUUGCAGACGUACGCCUUGGAGGGGAGCAGCUCUGCGGCCCAGUCGCUCAGCUCCCUCUGCUCUCUGGACUCAUCCGAGUCGGAGCAGAACUUUGCCUUCCUGAAGGCCUGGGGUCCGAGGUUCCAGAAGCUCACAGAGCUCUAUGGGCACCGGGUUGGAGGGGGCGUGGCUUCAUAGCAGAGCACAGCUGAUUGGCUGGCCCUGACCCUACUCUAAUAUAAACUAACUAAAAACCUCAGCUUUACCCAGCAUGCAUCUCUGUGGUCAUCCAGUCAUUCGCUGAUCUGCUUACUGCUCAGAGGUGAACUGACCAAUCACAGGACAGAGGUCUUUACUGGUCCGAAACCACAGGAACUGGUCUGUGCCAGGAUUCCUACACCCAGUCCACCUUUGGUCAUGUCACUGUGAUGUCACUGUGAUGUCACAGUCUGGAGUUUUAUUUCCAUUUAAAACCUCAGCAGAACCAAAAGGAUAAGGGUAACCAUUUCCUGAUUUCAAAUUUCCAGAACAGGGUGGAAAAGCUUUACAGAAAUAAAAGAAUUAGAACAGAAUAGCAUAGAAAAUAAUAGAACAAAACAGCAUAGAAUAGAACAUAUUAGAGCAGGUAGAGUAGAACAAAAUAGAGAAGAACAGAAUACAAUAAAUAGCUUUGCCCUAAUGUCCCACAUCAAAGGGUGAACCUAGUGACGAUCGCCGCCAUAUUAGGAGGGGUAAACAUUUGCUUAGCGACCACAGAGCGAACUGUAAGUAGAUUUUACACGUGGUUUGAGUCAUAACCAUUUAUAAACCUUCUACCAAAACAUAAGAGCAGAUAUGAAACAAGAAACAAACAAACUGCAGAGAAUCCAGGCGCCCAGCGGAGGAUCAGGGGAGCAGCAUGUCUGCUGGAGGUAGGACCAUGAAACAGUCCUUCUAGGCCUGAACUAAAACAGCUUUAAAGGCUCUUCAGAGCAUUUCCCUCUUCAUCCUUUGUCAACAGUAUUUUCUCUGUCUUCCAAGUCAAAUAAAGAAAGCUUUUCUCCGCAGCCUCCUUCACUAAAUUAUCAGUUAAUUCAUUAAAUACUUUCUCCUGAUUUUAUACUUAAUAAUAAUGUCGAUGCCUGGAACACACGUAGGUCCACUUUGACUUUGGACUCCAGGUUUUUCUCCAAACCUUCCUAAAGCUAGCAUCCAAGGCAAUAAUUUUGGUUUGUUGGAAAACGUUAGAACAACGGUUUAUCUACUUGGCAGGCAUGAUUGCUGCUUCCAUAAGCAGCACAAGGCUUCAGCAUCAGGACCAGGAUGGACCAGGGUCAAUCUCUAUACAGGGAGGACCAGUCAUUACUGCACAGUUCUUUACCCCUCCUGUAAUGGCGGCUCAGGGUCACUGGGUUCAUAACAUCUCCCAACGCCAUCUACAGAACAGAGCAGAAUAGAAUAGAACAGGAUGUGGAGAUGAUCAAGCUUUAAGGAGAGGGAAGAAUGGAGAGGAAGACCCAGUGGUUUAUGGAGUACAAGAGGAGGGAGAGAGCUCAUGGUUUCCGAAGCCCUCGGUUGUCAUGUACGGUGGUGGUUUCCAAGCCGGCUCCUCAGGGACCCCUGUCCUGCAUGUUUUAGGUGUUUUCUUUUUGCAUCACCCAGAAAAGAAUGGAUGAUUAACCGGUUUCUACCUUUAUGAUUACAGCGGAGAAGCCCUGCAGCGCUCCCCCAGGGCAGCACCCCGGAACGCUCUGC